AUGUGCUGUUCUGUAUAUAUUUUCUUUUCACAUCGAAGAAAGAAUGAAUUUACCAGAUUAUUAUUCGGAAUAGAAAAUUGCGCUCAAAGACAGCCUAUCAAUAGUUCUAAGCGUAUAGAAUGUUUUACAGCUAUUUUUACAGCAUUCUCAACAUCCAUCAUUGAACAAACACUACAUUCACAACUACCACGAUGGCUGCAAACGAGGAUGAUUGAGACUUUUCCUCUUCAUAUAAGUGUUGAAUUCCAUCGAAUGGCACACUUGUCAAUUGUAACCAGUAUUCUACUGUGUUGCUGCGUGACUUACUUGUAUGCGCAACAACAGUGCGAACAAAGCGUGAAUGUUGCACGAUUUGAUUGUUUUUCGGAUGAUGGACCAACGCAAGAACGAUGUGAAGCCCGAAAAUGUUGUUGGCGACCACCAGUCAUAUCAAUGAAUUUGACAAAAAUAGAUUCAGCUGACUUCCGCGAUAUAAACGUACCAUAUUGUUAUUAUCCGAAAGAUUUUCCAACGUAUAAAGUAACAUCUGAUGAGCAAACAGACUUUGGUCAACGCGUUCGAAUUGUUAAAUCACAAACAACUUACAUGCCACACGACAUUUUGGAUUUAACAGUUGAUUUGAUCUAUGAAACACAGCAACGCUUUCGUAUUCGAAUCUACGAUUCAGCUUAUCAACGAUAUAUGGUGCCAUUGAAAGUGCCAGUUGUAGAGAAAAAGGCUAAUAUGACUGAUUAUGCGGUGACGGUGCAAUCAAAUCCGUUUGCAAUUUUUGUUACACGGAUAUCAACAGGAGUCAUAUUGUUUGACUCAAGCGUAGCUCCAUUGAUAUUUGCUGAUCAGUUUAUUAAAUUUUCAACGCGAUUAUCUAGUCCACUGUUAUAUGGACUUGGAGAACAUAAACAAGCAUUGCUGAUAAAUAUCACUGAUGAAUGGAAACGAUUGACAUUUUGGACACGAGAUAUUGGCCCGCAACCAAAUACUAAUCUUUAUGGUAGUCAUCCAUUUCAUAUCAAUUUGGAGCAAAUCCCUAACAAGGAAACAAAUUUUCAUGGACAAUUUUUUCUCAAUUCUAAUGCUAUGGAUGUAGACCUACAGCCACUACCUGCUCUCACUUAUACUACCAUAGGUGGUAUCAUUGAUUUGUACAUAUUUACUGGACCAACUGUACAGGAUGUUAUCGAACAGUACUGGGAUGUUAUUGGAAAACCGACUAUGCCACCGUUUUGGUCACUCGGAUUCCAUCUUUGUCGUUGGGGAUACAAUACAAUUGAAAACUUGACAGCUGUUAUACAGAGGAUGCAUGAUGCUGACUUUCCAUAUGAUGUUCAGUGGACAGAUAUCGAUGUGAUGUCGAAUAAACUUGAUUUUACCUAUGAUACGAAGAAUUUCCAUGGCCUCCCCGAACUAGUUCGUACUUUGCAAGCUAAUGGUAAACACUACGUAAAUAUCAUUGAUCCAGCUAUUAGCUCAACUCAGCCAGCCGGCACUUACCCGCCAUAUGAUGAUGGACUACAACAAGGCGUUUUUAUCACAAAGUAUAACUCUACUGAACCAAUCAUUGGAGAAGUGUGGCCCGGUGCCACCGCUUUUCCAGAUUUUACAAAUCCAAAAGGAAUUGAUUGGUGGACACGUGCGGUUUCAGCAUUUCAUGAGAUAGUACCGUUCGACGGAAUGUGGAUCGAUAUGAAUGAACCAUCUAACUUUGUUGACGGAUCACAUGAUGGUUGUACAAUGAACAGUCUUGAUAAUCCACCAUUUACUCCUCAUGUGGUUGGCGGCAAUUUAACUUCAAAGACACUAUGUCCAUCUGCACAGCAAUACUUAUCGCAGCAUUAUAACCUACAUAAUAUGUACGGUUAUUUCGAAGCUCAAGCAUCGAAUAUCGCUUUGCAACGAGUUCGAAACAAAAGACCAUUUGUCCUGACCCGUUCAUCAUUUGCUGGUUCUGGUCAGUUCACUGCUCAUUGGACAGGUGAUAAUGGAGCAUCUUUUGAAGAUCUUUACUCGUCUAUCCCAACUAUUCUCAGCUUUAACAUGUUCGGUAUUACACAUGUUGGUGCUGAUAUUUGUGGUUUUGCUGGUGAUACUACGGAAGAACUGUGCACAAGAUGGAUGCAACUAGGUGCAUUCUAUCCAUUCAUGAGAAAUCAUAAUGCCAUAGAUGACAAAGCUCAAGAUCCUGCUUCAUUCUCAUGGGAAGCACAGCAAAUCAUGAAACAAGCCUUGCUGAUGAGAUAUUCACUUAGUCCAUUCUGGUACACACUCCACCACAAAGCAGCCAUGAGAUCACAAACAGUAGUGCAACCAUUGUUUUUCGAAUAUCCAAACGAUGCCAAUACGUAUAAUAUUGAUCAACAAUUCUUGAUUGGAACUGCUCUUCUUAUUUCUCCGAAUCUAGUCUCUGGAUCUAAUACUGUGCAUGCAUAUAUUCCACAAGACGUCUGGUAUGAAUUUCCGUCAGGUGUACAACUGAAGACUGUUGGUCAAUAUAUUGACUUGGAUACACCUAUUCAAAAAAUUAACGUGCAUGUACGUGGCGGUUUUGUCAUUCCAAUGCAAAUACCCGGUGAUAAUCUAGUACUUGGACGUGGUAAUCCAUUUAUUUUAUUAGUUGCACUGUCACAGGGAGGCAACGCAACAGGAAGUUUAUUUUGGGAUGACGGAGAUUCUCUUGAUUCAAUUGAAACAAAAACAUAUAAUUAUUUUGAAUUUACGGUGACAGGAUCGAAUACCUUAACAAUUAAUGGAGUCGUAAUGAAUUAUAAAGAUUCGGCUAUGGCGUUAGGCAUGGUAAAAGUUCUCGGUUUGAAUAAAACGGUCAUAGGUGUGAAUGUCAAUGGGAAAGCGUAUUCGAAUUUCCUUUAUAACAGCCUCGAUGAUGUAUUACUCGUCUAUGGACUGGAUUUGAAUAUGUUGGCACAAGCUAGUCAAACAAUAGCAUGGACAACAUCAUAA